UUUGACACAUCCGCCACACAAUGUUGCUCCAGGUUGUCCGUCGCGCUGCCAAGUCGGCACGUCUAUCGUCGUCUGCUGCACGAUCAGCCAUUGCUGUCCACACCGCAGCCACGGUGGAACAGCAAGCCAACCCAUUGCCGUGGAUGGGAAUGGCAUUGGCGGCAUCGGCGGCGGCGAGCAUUGCGCUUUGCGACGCGCCUCCGCUCUCCCAGAUCGACGACAUUCAGACGCCCGAUGAGCGUCCGUCCGUGCCACUGGACCGCGUCCUGAACGGCCACCUCAAGACACCCGUGUCUGGCGUCCAGAGCUACAAUGCUGCCUCGUACAAAGCCAAUCUGCCCAUUGAGGAUCGAUUUGUGGUGCAUGUUGAAGACGGCGCUGUGUAUGCAGCCGUGCUCGAUGGUCAUGGGGGCUGGCAAGUAUCGCAGUACGCCCACGACCACUUGGUCAAGAACGCCCAAGCAGAACUGGCUAAACUUCCGGCCAAGAGCACGUCCAAAGUGGCGACAGCAUUGGAACAAGCGUUUUUGCGCACGGACUAUGACAUCCAGGAGCUCGUUCGUCCUGCGUUUGAGAUUGGGUUCAUUCAAGUGAACCGCGUGGGCGCGUGCUCCCAGCUCGCGUACAUCAAGGACGGCUUGCUCAUCGUCGCCAACGCGGGCGAUUGUCGUGCGGUGCUGGGGUCGGUUGAGGAUGGCUCGGUGGUCGCAACCCCUCUGAGCAACGACCACAACGCCAAGCUGGCUGUGGAAAAAACUCGUCUGAGCGCUGCCCACCCUAACGAGGCCAACAUCGUCGUGUGCAAGCACCCAGAGUCGUGUUACGUCAAGGGGGGAUUGCAACCCACUCGUGCGCUGGGGGACUUUGCCUUCAAACACGCGUCGUUCAACGGCCCCGCAGACCCGACCCUUCGCGCCAACGGGCGCCACAUUGCUGAGCCAUACACGCCCCCGUACGUGUUCGCGUUGCCCGAAACGAUCUCGCACGUUGUCACAGCCACGGACAAAUUUCUCAUCCUUGGUACACUUUGCACUUCGAAUCAUGGCAUCGUGCUCGCCGAUAUGAAUACUUUUUGUCAACAGGUAGCGACGGGGUGUGGGACUUCUUGACCAACCAAGAGGCAGCGGACGUCGUGCAUGCAUGUGUGGCGCGGGGCGAAGCGGAUCUGGCCAGUCGCGCCAUUGUCGAAGCCGUCUUGACCAAGGCUGCUGAAAGCGAAAAGCUGACGUUGAGCGAACUGUUGGACUUGGAACCGGGGAAGAAGCGCCGCCACAUUCACGACGACACGACGGUGGUGGUGCUCGUGUUUGAAUAAGUCGUUGGUUACCUUUCGCUCCACAACGGACAACAUCCAAGGCUGGGGACAUGAAAUAUUUAAAUAUUACUAGUACUACAUAGUACUACGUAGUAAUAUAUAUUAUGUUGCCUAGUUUCAUGAUAUUUGGCCUUAUUUUCGGCCU